AUGACGCCCGUUUUAACCGUCAGCCUGAAAGUGGCUAAACAGAAAUUGACUCGACUACUCAACGAAUUGGGGAAACUGAUCGAAGAAGCUGAUCAAUUUAGUCAGCCAUGGCAGUUUCCGACUACAAGGAAAGAACUUGAAAUAUUUUUGGCAACGAAGCCAAUUGUGGUAAAAGCCUUAUGCAAAAGAAUUGAAGGCAAAAAGGAAUACAUUUGGCAAUGCUACAACGAAUGCAUAACCACCAUAAGUAGCUCGGAUGAGAAAGGAGAAGAUGGAAGUAUGAAAAAUAAUUUCGAGCAGUAUUGGGAAGAAAAAAGAGGCGAAUAUUGGCUUGAAACUGCCUCUGAGGUAAUUGAUAAUUUGGAAAAGAGACUAGUGGAACUACAGUGUCAAGAAGCUUUUGUAAGGAAAGGACAAGAAAGACACUUUGAAACUGCGAACGAACAGUCAAACCGACUUUCCACAGUCCCUCACCGACUGUUCGGAAAUGAAAUCAAAAUUCCAGAUUUUGACGGAAAGGCAACGGAGUUUGACUCCUUUUGGGAACUAUUUGAAGAAUUAGUCCACAAACAACCUUACUCUAAUAUUGAAAAACUUUCAAUAUUACUAAGUUGUUGUAAAGGAGAUGCUGCUAGAACGCUAAAAAUGAUACCACGAACAGGCAGCUCCUACGAAGAGGCAAUAAACCAACUUAAGCUGCAAUACCAAGACGCAAAAAGAACUACUAUGACAAUGAUACGCCAACUAAAGAACAUGAAACAGGCAAGAGACGACGCUAGGUCGCUUAGAAAUACACUCAGCGACAUUGAAACAAUCAUCGCAACUCUUCGUAAGAAUGGCGAGUUCGUGGACACCACGCAAAUGUCGAGUAUGGUAAUCGAUACAUUUCCCAAGACAAUACAAGAGGAAAUUCUAAAGAAAGAAUUCGAUUCGGGCAAAGAGUGGAAUACUGCAGAUUUGAUAGCAAAUAUAGCAAUCAUCGUGAAAAGGCGUGAGCAUCUGGAAAACCGUACGCAAGAAGAAAAACCACAAUACUCCAUGUUUACGCAACAAAAGCAUGCUGGAAAUGCUUCAGCCCCAAACACCACACGAAGAUGUGUAGGCUGCAAAACUGUACAGCAUGCGGUGGCUACCACAACCCAGUGGUCUGCCGUUACAGCGAACCAAGAAACAAUGAACUUAUUACAUCAACCAAAUCUAGAAGAUUUUCCAGAAGCCCGAUAA